CCCGCUCCGCUCCGGCCCCGCUCCACCGGCCCCGCUCCACCGGCCCCUUUCCGACCCCUCCGCUCCUCUCCCCGCGGCUCCCGAUCUUCUCCGCUCCCCUGAGCAGCCGCCGGUGCCCGGGAUGAGCCGCCCGCGCCGCCCUCAGGGCCGGGCUCGCCCCUCGGAGCCUCGCGGGAUGGGAUCGCUCCAGCUCUGAGCCGCGCCGCCCCUGCUCCAUCAUGGGCGACUCUCCGGCCGGGAGCAGCCCCCCGGAUCCGGGCAAUUCCCAAGGGAACGGCUCCGGGGGCGGCUCCGGGGGCUCCUCUUCCCUCAGCGUCAUCACGGAGGGCGUGGGCGAGCUGGCCCUCAUCGACGCCGAGGUGGCCAAGAAAGCCUGCGAGGAGGUCCUGGAGAAGGUCAAGCAGCUCCACGGAUCCUCUCCCGACUCCAUUCCCAACGGAGCCGGCUGCCAGAUCCGCUGCCUGGACGAUCCGCCGGGAUCGCGGAUCCGCGAGGAAGAGGAGGAAGGCUGCGGCGCCGCCCGGACGGCGCGGCGGCGCCAGCACCAAGCCAAGCAAUCCUGGCUCCUCCGCCUCUUCGAAUCCAAACUCUUCGACAUCUCCAUGGCCAUCUCCUACCUGUACAACUCCAAGGAACCCGGGGUGCAGGCGUACAUCGGGAACCGCCUCUUCUGCUUCCGCGACGAGGAGGUGGAUUUUUACCUCCCGCAGCUCCUCAACAUGUACAUCCACAUGGACGAGGACGUGGGCGACGCCAUCAAACCCUACAUCGUCCACCGCUGCCGCCAGAGCAUCGACUUCUCGCUGCGCUGCGCGCUCCUGCUCGGGGCCUACUCCUCGGAUAUGCACAUCUCCACCCAGCGGCAUUCCCGGGGAACCAAACUCCGCCGGCUCAUCCUUUCCGACGAGCUGAAGCCGGCGGGGAGGAGGAGGGAGGUGGGAGGAGCCGCUCCCGGGGCCGACACGGGGCUGUCGCCUUCCAAACGGACUCACCAGAGGUCCAAGUCGGACGCCACCGUGUCCAUCAGCCUCAGCAGCAACCUGAAGCGCACGGCCAGCAAUCCCAAGGUGGAGAGCGAGGAGGAGGAAUUCUCCUCGAGUACGGAAAGCCUGGAUAAAUCCCUGGCUCCCCCGGCCCGGCUGGCUCCGGAGCGGGAAUUCAUCAAAUCCCUGAUGGCCAUCGGGAAGCGCCUGGCCACGCUCCCCACCAAGGAGCAGAAGACCCAGCGCCUCAUCUCGGAGCUGUCCCUGCUCAACCACAAACUGCCGGCGCGCGCCUGGCUGCCCACGGCCGCCUUCCAGCACCACGUGGUCAGGGUGCCGCACUCCCAGGCCGUGGUGCUCAACUCCAAGGAUAAGGCUCCCUAUUUAAUCUACGUGGAAGUCCUGGAAUGCGACAACUUCGACACGGCCAGCGUCCCGGCGCGGAUCCCGGAGAACCGCAUCCGGAGCACGCGCUCGGCCGAGAACCUUCCGGAAUGCGGGAUGGGCCCGGAGCAGAGGGCCGGGAGCUUCAGCACCGUCCCCAACUACGACAACGACGACGAGGCCUGGUCCGUGGAUGACAUCGUGGAGCUGCAGGUGGAGCUCCCGGAGAUGCACACCAACAGCUGCGACAACAUCUCCCAGUUUUCCGUGGAUUCCAUCACCAGCCAGGAGAGCCGGGAGCCCGUCUUCAUCGCCGCCGGAGACAUCCGGCGGCGGCUGUCGGAGCAGCUGGCCCACACGCCCACCUCAUUCCGGAGGGAUCCCGAGGAUCCGUCGGCCGUGGCCCUCAAGGAGCCCUGGCAGGAGAAAGUCAGGAGAAUCCGGGAAGCCUCUCCCUACGGCCACCUCCCCUCCUGGCGCCUCCUCUCCGUCAUCGUCAAAUGCGGCGACGACCUCCGGCAGGAGCUGCUGGCGUUCCAGGUGCUCAAACAGCUCCAGUCCAUCUGGGAGCAGGAGCGGGUUCCCCUGUGGAUCAAGCCCUACCAGAUCCUGGUGAUCUCGGCGGACAGCGGGAUGAUCGAGCCGGUGCUCAGCGCCGUGUCCCUGCACCAGAUCAAGAAGCAGUCGGCGCUGUCGCUGCUGGAUUAUUUCCUGCAGGAGCACGGCAGCGCCAACUCCGAGUCCUUCCUCACGGCCCAGCGCAACUUCGUGCGCAGCUGCGCCGGAUACUGCCUGGUGUGCUACCUGCUGCAGGUCAAGGACAGGCACAACGGGAACAUCCUGCUGGACUCGGAGGGCCACAUCAUCCACAUCGACUUCGGCUUCAUCCUCUCCAGCUCCCCCCGCAACCUCGGCUUCGAGACCUCCGCCUUCAAGCUCACCACCGAGUUCGUGGACGUGAUGGGCGGCCUGGACGGGGACAUGUUCAACUACUACAAGAUGCUGAUGCUGCAGGGGCUGAUCGCCGCCCGCAAGCACAUGGACAGGGUGGUGCAGAUCGUGGAGAUCAUGCAGCAAGGCUCCCAGCUGCCGUGUUUCCACGGCUCCUCCACCAUCCGGCACCUGAAGGAGCCGCUUCUUUCCCAUUUUAUCCCCCAUU